AUGUCUCUUCCCUACCCCCCGACAGCUCUCAGGAGCACCCAAGAUUACGCCGUCAUUGCCUCGGGACCAGAAAUCUUCCUGUACGACCCCAAGACAGACAAAGUGGCCGCUUCCAGCUCCAACGCCGGGACAGGCAACACCAAGCACACCGGCCUGAUCAGAUUCAUUGCUGUCUCUGAUGACGCCUCCCUCAUCGUCACUCUUGGCGACGACAAGUCUCUCAAAGUCUGGGACGUGAAGAAGGAAGGAGAAAAUCUGUCGUUAAAGUUGAGGAGCGACAGGACAGUGGUCAAGAAGGGGAGUGAUCUUUGUUUCGGUCCGGAUGGGAGUAUCAUUUUGUCUGAUAAAGUGGGAGACGUCUACUCAUACCCUCUCGACCCUAUCCCAGCCUCCGCCGAACGACCCCCUCAGCACGCCCUCGUGUCUGACCCUUCCCAGAACCCUGAUGCCACCUACCUACUCGGUCACGUCUCCAUGAUCAACGCCCACCUCAUGUCGGCUGAUGGAAAGAGGCUCAUUACGGCGGACAGGGAUGAGCACAUCAGGCUGAGUCGGUAUCCCAAGGGAUAUGUGAUUGACCGAUAUCUGUUUGGGUCGGACGGAUUUGUAUCUGCACUUCAUAUCCCUCGCACGCAUCCCAACACUCUCCUCGCAGCCGGCGGUGAACCUUUCCUCAACAUCUUCUCCCUUUCCCCGGCUCUUGCCUCUUCCCCACUCAUCGCUUCUAUCCCCAUCUACCCCUCCAUCCUUUCCCACCGUCGAGUUCGCUCUCACCUCCGGCGCCACAAGCCCGGAUCUCGUAAGCUCAAGCUCGAACCUGCGCACGAGGACGUGAAAGAGGAGGACAAGGCGUUCUACGAGGCAGAAGACGGUUACAUGCUGCCAGCUGGGCAAGGAGUGUGUGUCAAGAAGAUUUGGACUCUCCAAGUGGGAGAGGAGGUGGUGGUUGUCUUCUUCUCGGAGGGUGCGGCUUCGCUGCAUUCGUUCGUCUUGCCGAAGGAAUCCGAGAUCAAGGGGUCAAAGCCACAGGUCCACACACUUGCCGUCGACUAUCCGGUGAUUGAAUUCACCAACGUUCCCUCCUCCUCCACUUCGGACCACGUCAACCUCUUGGUGUCGCUCGAUACCGCCUGGGACGUAUUCAAGAAGAACCCUGGACCGGGGACGGAAGGUCGACAAGAUGUUGUUGAGAAGCAGGAUCUUUCAGAAGAAGAGAAGGAGAGUCUGAGGAAGGUGCUCGUGGUCGUCAAGGUCGCAAAAGACGGAAGUCUUUCACUUGAGCAAUCACCUCCCACGUCCCUCACUUCCUCCUUCCCCACCACAACCCCUUCCCAAAUCUCCCAAGCCAAUUUGUAUCCCCUCCUUGGCGUCCUUCCUCGCUGGCCCGGAUACGAAGAGGAAGAAGACGCUCCCAACUCUUCCGUCCCCGGCGGCGAGCCCAUCCCCGCUCCUGCCGCCGGCCCUGGCGGUGCGUACACCAACGAGGAGCUGGAAUCGAUGAACACCAAGCAGCUCGGGCGACUCAAAGCUUCAGGUGUGGAUGUGGGUGCGAUAAUGUUGAGGAGGAAGAAGGAGGCAAAGGAGGAGAACAGGAGGAUCCAGAAGGAGAAGGAAGAGAAGAGGAAGGCGAAAGCGGCUGAAUGGGGAGCUGGCAGUGGUCAGAAAAAGAAUGAGUGGAGGGGCGAGAGACCAGCCAAGAAGAAGAAGGUGGCGGAUGAGGAGACUGCCGCCAAUGAAUAG